GUUGAACGGCUUAGUUGGAGUGAACUGGUACCUCGUAUAGGAAUAGAAGAGGUUGACGACGAGCUCGAUAAGCGAACUACCAGAAUAUUUGACGAUUUACGUCAAGUGGCCUCCGUUUGCAACGAAGAUGGAACUUUAAUUGUAAGACUAAAAGCACAGAAAAAUGAAUUUAUUUUGGCACACGAUCAAUAUCUCAGGACAGUUCUACAUCUUGCAGCCGGCAUUGGACACACAAGAAUUUUAAAGUGUUUGGUACACGCAGGAGCACCUAUAAAUGUUCGUGACGGAAUUGGCCAGACUGCUCUAACUAUAUCGCUUCACAAAAAUAAUGAUGCAGCGAGUGUCUUUCUUAUCGAAAGUGGCGCUUGUGUUCAGGAAUACUAG